CAAAAAGCUCAACCCUUUGAUUACCUUGGCAUCAUCCACUCCUCCCCUCCUAACCCUCCUGGCACGCGCCCCUCCAUCCUCCCAUCCCCCUGUCACUCCUUUCUUUUUCUUUUUUUCUCUACACACACUCAUAUAAGACACAGUCAACAUGCUUCAGCUGAAGUCGAUCCUCAACGUUAUUGACAACUCGGGUGCUGUCUGGGCAGAGUGCAUUCGAGUCCUGCACGGAGGCAAAUACGCCAGGAUAGGUGACGAGAUCGUUGUGGUCGUGAACAAGGCCAAGUCGAACGCCGUGGCGACGGCAUCGGGAAUUCCCAAGGUCAAGAAGGGCGAUGUCCGCCACGCUCUCGUCGUCCGCGCACGAAAGGAGACCCUGCGUCCUGAUGGUCGCUAUGUCCGCUUUGAUGACAAUGCAUGUGUGCUCCUCAACAAGCAGGGCGAGCCCUUGGGAACCCGUGUCCUCGGAGUAGUCUCGGGUGAGCUCAGGCAAAAGAGGUGGAUGAAGUUGUUGAGCCUUGCGCCCAAGGUCAUCUAAAACCCGAACCAACAACGUCCCGCCCGCCCUUUACAUACAUACAUACAUACAUAGUCUAUUUCCAUCACACUUUGCCAUUUUUUUUUCUUGCCGUUUGUAGUCCUGAUAUCCACAUAAAGCAUUUAUUUGAAAAC